CACAGACAUAUUAAUACAUUAUAAUUUGUAUUCAGAAUUUCAGAAUAAUUGAGUUUUUGAAGAUUAAUUACUAUUUAUAUUUGAGAAUUUAUCUGUGUUAAAAUAUAUUAUUUUAUUUGUGAGUUUUUCAUAAUGUUCGAUAAUUUAUCAAUUUGGAAAUGGCAUAUGGAUUUUGUUGGACAAAAACAUGCUGAAUAUUUAUUUAGAACAAUUAUUACUACGUGUGGUUUUGUUGGAUUCAUUUUGGGAUACGUAAAAGAGCAAUUUUCAAUCACAAUUGGUCUAACAUUAAUUGGAUUUUUUGUUUCUGCUUUACUAACAAUUCCACCUUGGCCAUUUUAUGCUCGUAAUCCGCUCAAAUGGCAAAAAGUAAAGAAGGUUAAGAAAAUUGAAAAUAACCUCACCUAUGAUGAAUACAAAGAAGAUAAAAAAAAAGAAAAAAAGAAAACAAAGUGAACUAGUUGGUAGCAUUUUUUUUUAAAUAUUAUAUUUUUUCCUAUUAUAUUAUAUAAUUUAAAUCCAUUAUUUGAAAUAAAUUUAUG